UACAAACCAACAAGAUUAUGGGGUUUCAGCGGCCACGUACAGACCAUCCUUCACAGUAUCAUCGGGCGCGUCCGUUGUCCUUGGCCGAUUGGAGAACGAGUGUACAUCGCACUUCCCGAUGAGACCACUCUCACCUACGAUCUUUAUCAACCGCUAACUAACGAUUACGAAGAUGAUGUGACAAUUGCCAUCUGCCCUGGGAUUUGUAAUAGUUCUGAAAGUGUUUAUAUCAGAACUUUCGUACACUUUGCCCAAUGCCAUGGAUACCGGUGUGCUGUACUUAAUCACGUUGGAGUUCUUUCUAGUGUUAAGAUCACUGCACCUCGGAUUUUUACCUACGGACAUACCGACGAUUAUCACAUGAUGCUACAGAGUUUGAUAGAAAAGCAUUCGAAUACAAAAAUAAUUUGCAUUGGCUUCAGCUUGGGCGGCAAUCUUGUGACUAAGUACUUGGGAGAACGAGGAUCGCAUAAAUUAUCCAGUAUAAUCGGUGGCAUAUCUAUUUGCCAAGGGUAUAAUGCUAUCGAAGGUACAAAGUUCCUACUUAACUGGCAAAAUUUUCGACGUUUCUACUUGUACAUAAUGACAGAAUCGGUGAAGAAUAUUAUAAUUAAACAUAAAAAUAUCUUGCUAUCCGAGGAAGUCAAACAGAGGUGUAAUUUAAACGAAUGGGAUAUCAUAUCUGCUGCAACAUUGCCGGAACUUGAUGAAGCAUACACUAGAAAGGUGCACAACUUUAGAUCCGUAAAGGAAUUGUACAAAUGGAGUAGCUCUCUUUUCUACUUAGAUAAUAUCUCGACACCUAUGGUAUUUAUUAAUGCGUUAGACGAUCCUAUUGUACCUGAGAUGUUGUUGGAACCCAUCAAGGAACAUGCCAAAACUCAUCCAAAGACUUUGUAUGUAGAACUGGCUCACGGCGGGCAUUUGGGAUUUUACGAAGGUGGUCUCCUUUAUCCGAAUCCUAUAACAUGGCUAGAUCGUACAUUGGUCUCUCUCGUAGGAUCUCUCACAUUAGCACAAUCAUUGAAAACCUCU